GUGCGGUGUGACGGCAUUGGUGGCGCGGUGUGCGUCGCGGCACACAGCCGCACAGGCGCACAGCCAGGCAGCCAGCCCGUCGGUCUCCUCUCCUCUCCCCCUCGCGUUUUUUCUUUUCGCCUCCAUCUUUGAACCUUCUCCUCGCCUUCUUCUUCCUCCUCCUCCCUCCGCUCCGCUUCUCUCUGACCAAUAAUCUGGGCAAACCCCUCUCUCGCGCCUUCUCCCUCCCACCUCUAUAAAUCCCCCUCCAUUCCAAUCCCACGGGCUCAGGCCGCGCCACCAGCAGCAGCACACAGGGCGCGCCAGCUUUAGCGAGAGGGAGAGAGGGGGAUUUUGGGCGGGGGAGCGAUCGAUGGCGAAGCUGUACGUGCAGGCGGUGCAGCCGGCGGAUCUGAACAAGAACACGGAGUGGUUCAUGUACCCCGGGGUGUGGACGACCUACAUCCUCAUCCUCUUCUUCUCCUGGCUGCUCGUCCUCUCCGUCUUCGGCUGCACCCCCGGCAUGGCGUGGACGUUCGUCAACCUCGCCCACUUCGCGAUGACAUACCAUUUUUUUCACUGGAAGAAGGGAACUCCGUUUGCUGAUGACCAGGGGAUGUAUAAUAGAUUGACUUGGUGGGAGCAAAUGGACAAUGGGAAGCAGCUUACUCGCAACAGAAAAUUUCUGACCGUGGUUCCUUUGGUCCUAUACUUGAUAGCCUUGCACACGACAGAUUAUCAACAUCCUAUGCUCUUCCUCAACACCAUUGCAGUUGUUGUGCUGGUUGUUGCAAAACUACCGAACAUGCACAAGGUCCGGAUCUUUGGAAUCAAUGCUGGCAACUAGGCGGCAGCAUCCCACGGUUUGUUAUCACUACCAUGCUUCAUUUGAGUGGCAGGAAACAGUAUACCUAGUUCUGAAUGGAUAACCAGAGUGAGUAGUUUUUAAGAGCUGUUAGUAGAUGACAUGUAAUCAUUGUACAGAGCUAAAGGCAUGGAAAUGAUGUUGUUCAGCAUCUAGUGAACACACUUCUUUAGGCUCUUAUCCCACCAAAAAGAAACUUUAUUUUGCUGUUAAUGUUGUUAUAUAUGUGCUCUUGUUCAAGUGUAUGUCACAUGUGUGUCUUAUGGAGAAUAAUUUUUUGUGUACGUAAUGUGAGGCAGGAAAGACAAUAUGCCUACUCAUAUCGCUAUAUCUCGGGGAAUAAUGAGUAACACUGCAAACUAGAUUUGGUAAUAC